AUGGGCCAAGUUCCAGCAAUUGUGGAGAAUGGAUUUAAGCUCUUUGAAAGGUAUCCAUCAGAUCCACAGCAGAGAGCUCAGAUCGACAGUAUUUUAGACUGGCACCAUGGAAAUCUUCGCCGGGGUGCAACUGGCUUGUUCAUGGCAGAAGUGAUAUUUCCCAUGAAUGGUGCUCCAAAAGACACCAAGGCAAUUGCAGAUGCAGAGAAAACUCUGCAAUCUGCUCUCUCAAACAUUGAGGACAUAUGGCUGGAUGGAAAUACCAACUUUCUGGGAGGUUCACCUCAGCCAAGUGUUGCCGAUUUGAUCCUUUCCUGUGAGAUUAUGGAGCUAGAGAGCAAGGGAAAUGCAACUGCCCCGAGCAACAAGAAUAAUCACACUCUGCAGAAGCUUGAUAGUUGUGGUGAUGCUCACAAUAACAGUUAG